GUAAAAUUUAAAUGAAUGAUCUAACUUGAGAUUUCCUAGAAAAUGCAAUUUCCAUAAAGGUAACUCAAAACGUGUUGGAAAAAUGUUGACCAUAAAUAUAAAAGAAUAAUUUAAUUAUUUUAUGAAGUUUGGAUAUCCGUGCAAUAAUUUUCUUCCAUGAACAACAGUGUAGACUUUGGUCUUAGUGGAAGGUUUUAGAGUCAAUGUAUUUUAUUUUGAAUCACUUCAUCUCUUCAUCAUCAUCAUUAUUAUUAUUAUUAUUACUUGUUUUAAUUUCAAUUCAUAUAUCUCACUUCACAAUUUGCUGUUUACUUUCUGGUUUGAAGCUUUCUGAUCUACUGCAACAUGGCAGGAAAUAUUAACUAUAGCGUUCUUCGAAUGGCCGUUCCUAUGUUUGGUAGGGCGAUAAGGAUGGUGUACCAGGAAGUUAAUGAAAACAAAUAUGUAUCUAAUUGGAUUGGUGAAGUCUUUAAGGAUGUAGAAACGGAAAAGAAGAGGUUGAUUUCAAAUCGAGAUCUUGUGCGAGUAAGACUCGAAGCAACUGAUCAUAAAACUGAUAUGGUCAGUGAUGAUGUUUUUCUGUGGCUAAAAGAAGCAGACAUACUCAUACCAGAGGUGGAGAAUCUCACUUUACAAGUAAGAAGACGACAAUGGAAUGAAUUUAGGAAACUGCUCAAAAAAAUUACAACACUCAAUAUGAAAUGCGAUUUUCAACCGUUUUCGAUUCCGAUUCCAAGUUUAGAGCACUUCUCUUCAGGAAAUAUUGUUAGUUUUAAGUCUAGAGAAAAGGCUUCAGAUCAACUUUUAGUGGCACUGCAAGAUGAUAAUUCUUCUAUCAUUGGAUUAUACGGUAGGCAGGGAUCUGGUAAAACAACAUUGGUGAAAGCAAUGGGGGAGAAAGUUAAGUUUUUAAAGAUGUUUUCUAAAGUUGUAUUCGCCACUGUGUCGCAAAACUUAAAUAUCAGAACAAUGCAAGAGGAAAUUGCUGAUUCGUUGGAUAUAAGGUUCGAUAAAAACAGUGAAGCCGGAAGAGCAAGAAGAAUAUUCUCCACAAUAGAAAGUAUGAUUCGUCCGAUUCUAGUUAUUUUUGAUGAUGUUCAAGUAAAAUUUGAUCCAGAAGAUGUUGGUGUUCCUUGUAAAAGUAAUCGAUGCAAGAUCCUUGUGACCGCACGUUGCCAACAAGAAUGUGAUUUGAUGUACUGUCAAAGGGAUGUUCAACUUGAUCCCUUAUCUAAAGAGGAGGCUUGGAUUUUGUUUGAAAAACAUUCGGGCAUUCAUGACGAGGACUGCUCCUCCUCGCCCGACUUAUCGAAUGUCGCACGUGAAGUUGCUUUUGAAUGUGAAGGUGUGCCUAGAUUAAUUAAAGAUGUGGCAUCUUCCUUAAGAAAUAAACCCAUUGAUGAAUGGAAAGCAUCACUAGAUAGUCUCAAACAUUCAAUGGCUAAAUGGCAAAUUUUUCUUAGUUUUCGAGGAGAAGAUACGCGUUACGCGUUUACAGGUUCUCUUUAUCAAUCUUUACGUCAAGGGGGAUUCAAGACCUUUAUGGAUGAUGGAGGAUUGGAGACGGGAGACCAAAUUUCACCAUCUCUUCUAAAUGCCAUUGAAGCGUCGAGGCUUUCCAUUAUUGUUUUAUCUGAAAACUAUGCAAAUUCGACGUGGUGUCUGGAUGAGCUUGUCAAAAUUCUCGAGUGUAAGAAAUUGAAGAAUCAAUUGGUUUGGCCAAUCUUUUAUAAAGUGGAUCCAUCUGAUAUCAGACAUAUGAGAAAAUGUUAUGGAAAAGACAUGGCUCGACAUGAAAAUAGAUUUGGAAAUGAUUCUGAGAGAGUACAAAAAUGGAAGUCAGCUUUAGUUGAAGUGUGUAAUUUGUCCGGAAUGGCUUAUUCAAUCGGGUAUGAAUAUGAAUUUAUUCAGAAGAUUGUGGAACAUGCCAAUGACAUUAGAAGUCGUUUGCAAAUAAGAAACAUAUAGAUAUGGACAUGAAGAAGAUGCCAAUCAUGUUAAGAAGUCUGUUUUGCAUGGCAAUGGUUUCUUAUACUCAAAAAGAUGUGGAUAUACAGUAGUAGUUGAAAAAAAAAUUCACUAUGAAAGAUAAAAACAAUAACUACUUAUAUCUAAAGGUAACAAAUUCAUGUUAACUACUCUUAAAGUACAGUAAAAAUAUGAAUACAUUUUAACUUUGUUGGUGUUGAA